AUGAAAAUCGCCAGCGCAGCUCCUGAGGGCCCAUCAGCCAUCCCUUACUGCAGCGAACUUUCCACUGGCCCAGCGACUCUCACUUUACCCAUAGAAUUAGCGCACGUGUCGAGCCACAGCGCACAGUGCUCGACCAAGUCGCCAAAUACCCCACUGCUGGUCUCUGGUGUCUCCGCAUCGUCGUUGCUCACUUCUGAUGCACUGUCUACAGCAAUCCAGGCCCAUGUACAACAGCGCUCCAAGCAAAUGAGCUCAUCAGCUACUUCGCCGCCUAUCGUUCCCAGCCAGUCAUCGCUUGCGCACGUAACCGAUAGCCUGCUGACCCUUGGUCUCAGCAACAACUUGGCCCCUAUGCAGCUCAAUUACGGACCCUUCUUUUCGCCCACGGCAUCGCAACUGGGCAGCGGUACAUACGAUACAGUGCCAAUGGCUUCACUUGGAUUUGGUGCUGGUCCAAUGUCGAAUUCUGCUAUUGCGAGCGGAUUCGCAGACAGUGCCAACCCUAAUGCAGUUCAGGGACUAGGAGUUACCUUCCCUUCUAGCGCCCCUUCGGCCAUUUCCAUGCGAACCAUGUCCAACCCUACAUACCUGUCCUCCACCCCACCUAUUAUGAACAGCCAGACAGGAAUGAUUACGCCUCUGUGGAAUCCGGCCGCUGACCAGCCAGACCCUGCUGAUGACUCAGUGUUAUCGGCAGAAAGUAUGUAG